GACACUUAGCUCCUCCAUUUCCUGUUGUGGAUUCGGAGUUUGAGAGAUAAAUAAUACCUCUGGUCCAUAAUGUAAAUGUAUCAUCAGUACUGGGAGGUUUAUACAAUUAUAAUUUUUGGUCAAAGGCUCUAAACGUGCAUCAAAGAACCCAAUACGAGAGAUGCCACUCAUCGGCUGUACCUGAUGGCAUGACGCGUCUGUUGAUAUUCCCUUGACAACAACGGAUCGGAUACCAGUACUCAGGCCCACCACCAUGCCCAUAACGUUGCUGUGGGCGGUGGACGUGUAUGGACGGGUGUACAGCCUCUCCACCGCCAGUGGGCGCUGGCAGCGAGGGGACGACAAGCUCUUGGAGCUCAAGCGUGUGAGUGCAGGGAAAGGGCGCAGCUGGGGAGUCGGCUGCGACCACCACGUCUACCUGAACUUGAUGCCAAGCGAGACCCCAAUCCGCUUCCGGGAGGAGACGUAUGAAAACCAGCGGUGGAACCCGGUGGAGGGCUUCACAGACGUGCUGCUGCCAACCGACCGCUGGCCCUGGAGCGACGUGACGGGGGUGAGCGCCCAGCCCCUCCACAGCUUUGCGUGCCACUCCCACAGCUGGGAAUGGGAGGGGGACUGGUACGUGGACCUGACCUGCGGAGGGGAGCCCAGCCAGACUGGGGGCUGGGAGUAUGCGGUGGACUUUCCUGCUAACUUCUCUCCAGAGAAGAAAUGGAACUCAUGUGUGCGUCGCCGCCGCUGGAUCCGCUACAGGAGAUACACUGCACAGGGCAGCUGGGCCAAGAUCCCCCUGGACCAGCCCCAGAAAGCCCCCCUGCCCCUGUGUGACAUCAGCUGUGGGGGGUGGGAGAUGAGCGACCAGUCGGGCCGGUACCCUUGUCUCUGGGGGGUGUCCCAACAGGGCCAGGUGUGGUUCAGGGAGGGCAUCCAGCCCCGGGUCCCGGAGGGGUCCUCCUGGGAGGAGGUGGGAGUGCCCAAGGAGGUGGCCCAGCUCUGUGCCGGCCCUGGAGACCUGCUGUGGGCGCUGCUGUGGGACGGGAACCUGUUGGUGCGCAUGGGCCUCAGCCUGGACAGCCCCACAGGGAGCUCUUGGGUGGAGGUCGAAACACCUGGAAAGGAGGUGGAGGCCCUCCAUGUGGCAGUAGGGGUCAGCGUGGUCUGGGUGGUGACUAAGGACUUUAAGGUGUGGUUCCGGCGUGGCGUCAACUCCCAUAACCCCUGUGGCUCGGGCUGGAUCAGCAUCGGAGGGGAGAUGAUGAUGGUGGACGUUGGACUCCACGACCAGGUGUGGGCCGUGGGUGAGGACCGAGGGCUUUAUUUUAGGAUGGGCGUGACUGCGUCUGAGCCCAGCGGCAGCGGCUGGAUUCCCAUCCUGGCCCUAUGGGGGAACAACACGGAAUUAGCCCCGCCCAGAGAUGAUUUCGGGGGAUGUCUGACCGAGGCCUCCCAGGGUUCUGUGUUGAGCUGCACCGACUCCGAAUCAGAAGUGGGACCCGUGGACCAGCCCACCCACACCACCGACACCGCCGCCACUCUGGACCCACCUGAGGCCUCCACGACGGCCCCCGCCGAAACCCUCUCCACGCCCCCCCCUGCCACCCAGGACGCUCCCAAGUCUUUCAUCCCCACCAGCGACAGCUUCAUCACCAGCCUGGUCUCGGACCGAGAGAGAUCCCCAGCAGCAGCCCCUCGGUCCCGCUCGGAGGCCCCCCCGGGGGAGGGGGGUGGGGAGCCCUUGUCAUCCGCUGGAGCCGCCCCCUCGUCCUCUCCAAACAGCACCACCCCGCUCCAAACACUGGGGAGCGGCUCAGAAGCAGGCCAGGGAGCGGUCGCUGUUCCCUGGAGCACCGUGGACCUAGAGGGGGUGGAGGCGGCCAGGAGCGGCCAGACAUUGGGGGGAGCGGCGGAGACGUCGAUGGGGCGCGGAGGGGGCGGGGCCGGGGCGGCAGCCACCUACCCCCUCGGUCUGGACCCUCUCCCGGGGGCGGGGGAGUCCGAUGCCCCGGUGUGGGCCUGGAUCUCUGGAGGGGGAUGUGAUGUAGACGCCAGCUCUCUGAUAAGCUGGCUCAGCCCCACAGGUGCUCUGAGGAGCUCCAUGUCGCUGACUCCUGUUCAAUCAGCUGCCUGGAGUGGACAGAAGGAAUUCCCCAGACAGGAAGUCAGCAAGAAGCCCCUUGAGCGUAGCAACUCGGUGUGGAUACGCAGUGGAGCUCUUCGCUGGUGGAGGGACUGGAAGCCCCAGCGUUGGGUAGAUGUGAGCGUAGCUCUGGAGCAGUCCACGGACUGCAACGGCAGGAAGGACUGCAUCUUCUUCAUCUACUACACCCAGUAUGACGAGAAGAAGUACCUGCAUGUGUUCGUCAGCGAGGUGACGGCCAUGGUACCGGUGCUAGGGGACUGCCACCACGCCUUCUCUGUGUACACUGCCCAGCGGACCAGGCGGCGAGGGCCCCUGCUGCUGGCGGCCCCCACGGACCAGGACAUGACCGACUGGCUGUCCCUGCUGUCCCAGUGCUGCUGUGAGUGGAGGGGCAUCCGCGGCCCCCCAUCCCGACAGGCCCUGUGGUCCACCACCUCCAAGGGGGACAUCAUGGUCCACGAGCCCUCCACCCUCCUAGAGACCACGUCACACCCCCUGGCCUGUGAAGCCAUGUUCUGGCGGCUGGUCCCGGGACAUCUGCGCUGUGUCCAGUCCAACAGUCUCGGGCUAGUGUGGGGUAUUGGGUGGGACGGUACCGCCUGGGUCUACAGCCAGACCACCAUCCCGGAAGGAGCUGCAGUUCAGAUGCAGCCUCAGACAGACGUGCGGUGUAUUCACGUGUAUGAAAACCAGAGAUGGAAUCCAAUGGCUGGAUACACAGAUAGGGGUCUGCCCACCGACAGGCCGAUGUGGAGUGAUGAGAGUGGGCUUAAAGAGGGCACUAAAGCCAGCACGCCUCCCCCCUCGCCUCAGUGGAGCUGGGUGACGGAGUGGGUGGUGGACUACAGCGUCCCCGGGGGAGCAGACAAAGAUGGCUGGCAAUACGCUGCCGACUUCCCUGUGACGUUCCAUGGACACAAGACCAUGAAAGACUUUGUACGACGCAGGAGAUGGACAAGGAAGUGCAAGAUCACCCUUAGGGCACACUGGCAACAGGUCCCGCCCAUCCGUUUGAGUGACAUCUCACUGAUGCCUUGCCUGGCCCAGAGCAGGAUGGAGCAGGUCCCGGUCUGGGCCCUGAGUGACAAAGGGGACGUCCUGUGUCGCCUGGGCGUCACCCCAAAAAACCCAGCAGGUACUUCCUGGCUCCACGUGGGUACAGACCAGCCCUUUAAGUCCAUCUCCAUCGGAGGGGCCAAUCAGGUGUGGGCCAUUGCCAAGGAUGGAGCUGUGUUCUAUAGGGGGUCCGUUUCGCCCCAAAACCCAGCAGGAGAGUGCUGGUACCACAUCCCAAGCCCCCCCAGGCAGACCCUGAGGCAGCUGUCUGUAGGGAGGACCUCUGUCUUUGCCGUGGACGAAAGCAGUAAUCUGUGGUACAGACAGGGUCUGACACCCAGCUACCCCCAGGGCUCUGCUUGGGAGCUCAUCUCCAACAACGUGACCAAGGUGUCUGUUGGACCACUGGACCAGGUGUGGGCCGUAGCAGAUGGGGUCGAGGGCUUCCCAGCGGAGGCUCCGGGAACGCUCUGCCACCGGGUGGGCGUGGGGCCCAUGCAGCCCAAGGGCCAUUCCUGGGACUACGGGAUAGGGGGAGGAUGGGAGUACAUCAGUGUAAGGGGCAACGCCACGGAGCCGGCGCGCACCAUUGUCCCUGCUGCCAUAGCAACCCAGCAAAGCCCCCUGCCCCCGCCGACCAGAGAGAACGGGAGCGCUGUGGUUCUACUUGUGCCUGUGUCCCCCCCAUUGGCCCUCAAGCCCCCCUCAAGGAAUGACUGAAUGAGUGGAUGGAUGAACGACCCUACCGGUGUGCUCCUGCGCAAGUGAAGACGUGAGCGAUGAUGAAGAGGAUGAUGCUGGUAUUGGUGAUUAUGGGGAGAAGAUCUCAGACUGUUGGAGUUAUGUAAUGGUGAAAUUGUUUCCAUCAUCAGCAUCGUCUAAUUGCUCAAUACUUUCGAAAGCACGUCACUAAAAUGAGGCACAAAAAUGUACAUUACAUAUGUGUGUAUAGUGCAUAUGUCAAUAUGCACAACAAGAAUCAAGUCCUGUUUUAUUGUGCAGGGCUCAUUAAAGAUGUGUUGCAAAAGUAUGACAUCAGCUGUUGCUGGGCAGUUUGGUUAGAAUGGUAUCCAAGUGGACAGCUGGACAUUUUGUUGGGACUUGUUAAUUGGUUGCUCCACUCGGAUGUGGGCGGAGUCAGUCACGAGUACUACAACAGCCAAGGGAACGCUGUUCCUUCUGCCUGAAUGACAACAUGCAUAUUAUCACCUUGGUUUCCGUCCCGUUGAGCCCUCUGAUGUGUCAGUGCUGGAAAUUGCAGUACGUCAGCAUAACAGUAGUACUUGACUUGAGAUCUUCGGAUCUCUGUACAAACCCCAUAACAACUGCAGUUCUGAGUACUUGAACGCAUUUCGGUGUUCAGAUUUUGUAUCCUUCUGGAAUCCUCCCCUGAAGUUCUAGCUUUCAAUACCGUAUCUUUCAAUGAGGUUUACUCAAAUUCACCUACAUUUCAUCACCUAGGUGUGUAGAAUCUUUUGCUGUUUAAUGUUUGCGUUUGUUGUGUGUGUGUUGAUAAUUUAUCACAUUUAUGAAAUGUGCUUGUGAAUUUAUUUAGUUGUUUUGUCUGUUUUGAUUCUCUGGGCUGCUUGUUAGGUCAAUAGAGCAUUAUGACUUUGUGUUCUCCCAACAAAAUAAAAUAUAUUAAUUUAUUAAACAAUAAAAAUCUAUGCUAAAUCAAUUAGCUUCCUUCCCAUGAAACAUAUCCCAUAAUGUUUUCUUCUCAGUAUUAUUUGCUUCAGACCCAGUUUAGCCCGGAAAGGUCAAUCUGUACACAGCAGGGCUGAGCAACACUACCACUUCUACUGUACUCUAAACUAGGGGCUUCCGGCUGUGAAAUUAAACAUAAAACCAGC